AAUCAAUAUCUAUUGCUCGUUUUCUUGCUAAACAAUUUCAUUUAGCAGGUAAAGAUAAUUUUGAACAAGCAAAAGUCGAUGCUGUCGGUGAUACAAUUGGUGAUCUAAUUUCAGCAUAUGUACCAAUACGUCGAGAACAAGAUGCAACUAAAAAACAAGAACUUAUAAAGAAAUUUGUCAGUGAAGAAUUAUCAAAACAUUUACAAAAUCUUGAUACUCUCGGUAAAUUAUAUGGUAAUGGUGGUCCAUUCUUUGUUGGUAAUAAUUUAACAUGGGUUGACUUAUUUUUCUAUGAUGUAUCAGCAAAUAUUCUUCAAUUCGAUACAAAUGGUCUAGAUACAUAUCCAUGGUUGAAACAGAAUCGUGAAGAAGUAGAAAAACAACCAAAAAUUGCAGAAUAUCUCAAAAACCGACCUCAAACAUCAUUUUAA